AUGCCAAGUAACCGUCAGAUUCGCUUUAUUUUUUUCAGAAAUUCUUUUCAGAAUCCGACGUCUCUUCCUCCUCGUCUUCGCAACUGACGUCGGCUCUUGAUACUGACAACGGCCCGGAUUCUACGAUUAGCAUUUCGAACAUACCGAGACAAAGUCGAAACAAGAUUAGAAAACCGGAGAAAACCACGUCGACUAUUGAAAAGCCAAAAAAGAAAAAGAGCAAAGAGACAGAAGAAGAUAUUGUCGAUGACAUCAUCGAAAAAGCGUUUGACGUAACAAUUGGAAAAUCACAAUAUUCUCAGCUGAAGACUGUAGAUUGGAUAAGCAGAAUCAUCCAGAACGUCUCGAAAGCUCUUCUGAAACGAAACGAGAAGCGAAAAUUCAUAGUUCACUGCAUCAUUUCGUCGAAAACUAAAGAUCUCUCGAUUUGCUCGGCGAAUAUGUGCUCGUGGAAUACUUCAAAAGAUGGUAUUGGUGCCGCAAAAUUCUGUUAAUCGCGCUCUGCCGCCCUAAACGUAAAUUCAGUGCUACUGUAAAUUGGUGAAUCACUUCCGGAUUUUCACGUGGGAUCACGGUAGAGCGACAUUACCAGAAUACUGUAUUUUCGAAAUUUUCCAUAAAUUCUAUAUCAUUUCAGUUGUUUACUACACGGAGUGGACUUCUAAAACGGUUUUUGGCUCCGCCUACGUGUUCUUUAUAACUCAUCGUUUCUCGGACUGA